GGCUGAGAGCGCUCGAGUCGGACGAGUCAGACGCAGACGAAUUCCGUACGGGUCUCUGUCUUUUUUCGCGGUUGUUGGGUUUGUUGUUGGUAAACGUCCCGUGGCCUCUUUUCAUCAACCUGCCUCGCUGCCCCUUUAAUAUCCAUCUAUAAGUCCAUCGUUGGAGCAAAAGUAAUCUGAAAAGUGAUUCUUUGGAGUUGAAUCGAGGUCUCCGGCAGCAGGAGGGGGCCUUGGCAGCAUUUCCUUCCAAAUGUUUGUGUGUGGAUGUGAGUGGAAGAAUUACCUACGUUUUUGACCACAUUCCACAAUCCGUUCGGUGAAUUCUUGGCGGUUCUUGCUCGGUACCUACCUCGGUUUUCAUCUCUUCGAGUGGUUGCGCAAAAGAGAACCAAACUUGCGGAUCUUUUUACGGUGAAAUCGAUAGCUGCCUUUGGAAAUUUAACGGAUAAUUUACACCGAGCGCUGCCGAUCGUCUACGUGUGGCUCGAAUUGGGUUAAGCUGUCCGUCUUGAUGCACGAAAGAUUCCGGGAAAAGUGACGAACCUGCUUCUUCGCAUGGAAAUCUGCCUUAACAGUUAAUGGGGAUACAUAUUGAUUAAUGUGACAACAACAUUGUCGACAGGCAUUAUAGGGGAUAUUUAUGCACAUAGAAAAGUGUCUUCAGACUAAGUUACUAAUUUGUUUGGUGAUAUCGGAAAGUGAUUUACGAUCUACGGAAUACGCACGACCAUAUCAGUUCUUAAAGUCCGGUUUGAUGAAAAAGGUGAAUUACGUUCAGUGCUUGUGCAAAAUUAAUCGGUCAUAAAAUCCCUCAAAGUCAUUGACAGGUUGAAUAAUCCUGCUAUAAAUUACGGUAUUUCAAUUACGAAAGGUCGAUUCCCAUUAUUACUCGAACUGGUGAAGUCUCGUUACCAAAACCGAAAGGAAAAAAGAAACAAAAAAAGAUCAUCAUCGGAAUUGUUUUUUUUUUUCAUCUGAAGCUGAGAAGCAGCAUCAACGAAGGUUGCGGCCCAGGUUUCUUUUGUAACAUUGAAUUUUAGAUGAAAUUGAAAGCUUACGACUUCUGGUGGCGGUUAGUGGCCGUGUGAUAGCUCCAAAGCCAGUCGGUGAAGACCAGUGUCUAGUAUCUCAAUUUUGGAAAUUUUAGAGGUCCAACUGGGUGUGGUGAAAUAUGUGAAACGGUCUUGUUUAUUGUUGCAUCAAGGUGUCGGAAAAGAGGAAAAUACACAGUUAACGUUAUAAAAGAUCGCUUCAUUACAAGGAGUUUGGAGCUAAGAAGAAGAAGAAACCUUUUUGUGAAUUUACCGCCCACUGUUUGUUGAGGUUAUCAUCGUACAUUGGAUACAGUACAGUCUAAUCAGCUUCCAUAGGAGUACCUUUGUCACUGAAAUUGAAAAUCUUCCCAUAAUCCUGGUGCUAUCAUGGAGUAAACUUGUGAAAAAAGGCAUAAAUAACAUCUUGCUUAUCACGGCUUAGAUAUCCAACGUACGAAAUGUAAUAUUCGCGAACGGAACGUUUCGACAAAAAUUCGACAAAAAUGACUUCUUCUUACGAGCGCAUCAAAGCUGAAUGCAAGCAGAAAAAUGUCCUGUGGGAAGAUGAAGAUUUUCCGGCGACCCAAUCGUCGGUGUUUUACCACCAGACUCCUCCCUUCACGUUCCAGUGGAAACGGCCGCAAGAGAUCAGUCAAAAUCCAGUAUUCGUCAAUGAUUCAACGGCACAGUUCGACAUUGUGCCAGGCAAAAUGGGCGACCGAUGGUUCGUCAGCUGUCUCGGGGUGCUGUAUCUGUCCAAAGGGCUGUUCUAUCGGGUCGUCCCGGCAGAUCAGAACUUUGAAAAGCCAUACUACGGAGUGUUCCGGUUUCGCCUUUGGUGGUGCGGAGAAUGGUUAGAAGUCCUAGUCGAUGACCGGUUACCAACCAUCAACGGGAAAUUGGCCUUUGUCCAGGCGCAGAACUCCAACUCAUAUUGGCCGGGGUUGCUGGAGAAGGCCUACGCAAAGUUACAUGGAUCUUACGAAGCACUGAAAUACGGUACACUAUUGGACGGUUUAGCGGACCUAACUGGAGGAAUCACCGAGUCGAUAUCGAUAAAAACAGACAGCAAUAUCCUGAUUCGACCUCCUCUACUAUACUCUCUACUGGAUACUACCAGUAUUGUCACCUGCACUAUAAAUAAUGGAACCACGACGCAAAUCAGGAAUCAAACAGAACCACUCCCUAAUGGUAUUCAUGUGGGGAUCAACUACCGACUUUGUUCACUCGAUAAGGCUGAAACCGUCAUGGGUGACACGGUGCAAUUGGUGCGGUUGCGAAAUCCACUAUCGCAAACCCUGAAUAAAUCCGCAACUUUCAACGGAGAUUGGUCGUCGUUCUCCAACUCCUGGGAGCGGGUGUCCAUGAACGAGCGCAAUCGGCUGAUCGAGCAGCUAGACGUUGGCGAGUUCUGGAUGUCGUUCUUCGACAUGACCCAAACGUUUACCCACCUAGAAUGUGUACAUCUGGAUUCGGACACCGCCCGUGAUGAACCGCAGCUAUCGGAUAAGAACCGACGCUGGUUGAUGCGUCUGUAUCAGGGUGCUUGGAAGCGUGGUGUGACCGCUGGCGGUUGCCGAAAUAACCCGGAUUCCUUCCACAUCAACCCGCAGCUACAGCUCUUCCUAAGCGAAAAAGAGGAUGUGAUAAUCUCGGUUAACCAGCACAGUGUUCUGGAGCCCAAAGUCAUUGGUUUUACAGUGUAUAACCUCAACAAUGUUCAAAACAUCAACGGAUGCCUCUCGAAAAACUUUUUCAAGAAGCACAAGAGUCUCGUCAAUUCCCAGUAUACUAAUUCGCGCCAGAUAAGUCACCGAUGCUCGCUCGAUGCGGGCCGCUAUCUGAUAAUGUCUACCACCUUUGAGCCGUCCGAGGAAGCGUCGUUUAGUGUACGAGUUCUAGGGUCGACGAUACGGUUAGCGUUGUUGGAAACCCAAACCAUGCUACUUCUGGAUCCGUUUCCGCUGUUGAACUCCAAUGCAAAAAUUUCAAUGGAUUCAGCUAACAACAACGUUUCGGCCGCAACCAGCACAGCCCAGUACGAACCAGUCUUCAUGCAACUGGCAGAUGACCAGAGAACCUUGAACUGUUUCGACCUGCAAGAGCUUUUGGAGGCGUGCCUACCCAACGAUUACAUCAGAAGUUGUGCCAGUCUUGAAGUGUGCCGACAAGUUGUGUGCCUCAUGGAUAAAUCUAACCGAGGGCGCAUAAAUUUCAACGAUUUCAACAAAUUUAUGGUUAAUCUAAAAACCUGGUGGGGUGUAUUCAAGAUGCACACCAAGGAGAAAUCUGGUAUCCUACGAGCGGAACGGUUUCGAGAUGCGCUGUACGACGUUGGUUUUCAGCUGAGCACCGACAUCGUGUCCAUACUUAUUCUAAGGUAUAUGAGGAGAGACGGGACUCUGCGAUUGUCGGAUUUCAUCUCGGCAAUUUUGCACCUCACAAUGGCCUUCGAACUGUUCAAGGCGAAAGACACUAAUCAAGACGGAGUGAUCAGUAUGGGGAUGACAGAGUUCAUCAAAUCAGUGUUCAUGUGCUGAUGAUUUUGUAAAAAAAAACAUCUGAACCAGUCGCUAAGAAAUAUUUUAACAUGAGUCCGGCAAUGAUUCAUAGCUGUAGAACCCCUCUAAUAGUAUACUAUACCUUCUUCACUAACAUCGAAUAUCGUCUGUAGAGUAAGAAAGUUGAUGAGAACGUUUCUGUAAAAAAGCAACUCUCUGUUGAUGUCAAAUUUUGUUUUUAUCAAAACUAUUUCUUUAUAUCAUUCAACGAAAAAUGAACAAUUAGUCAAUAAGUGUUGUCAGCGCUUGUGCAAAAACCAUUUAGAAACAGAUUUGCUCAUUAACAUUAUCGAUAGUUGUUACAUAAAUCUGAAAUAAAACAAGUUGCA